CGAGUGAGAGGUUUGUCCACAUACCACACGCCAACAUGAAGAUUCUGCUCCUUACACUGCUGGUCGUGCUGCUGUGCAGCACUCAAGUGCUCACACUUAAGUGCUACACAUGUGAGGAUCCAGAAAAUCCAUUAAAUACCACUCCAUGCAUAGAGGAGUGCGCCGAUGGAGUGUCUUACUGCAAAACUGUAGUAAUCGGAAACAACCUUACUCGCGGUUGUGCUUCAGAAUGUACCAACAACGAAAACACAGGCUGCUGCGAUGUAGACCUGUGCGACCCAUGAGGCAUCACAGCAGCAUUCAUCUUUGAUCGCUGAUAAAUCAAAGCUGCAUGGAGGAAUAAACUUCCUAUAUCUCAGUAUGAUUCAACUAAUUUGUAACCCCAUCAAACUUUAAUCGGACUUUCCUGUCUUUGAUUUGUCUUGCUUUUAUUCAAAGGAGUCAUUUUGUCAUUUGGCACACUGAUCAUCUCGUAGUCAUCUGAAACUGUGCAACACAUAUUUACAGCCAUGUACAGACACGGUCGAUCAAUUGUUGAUGUCACUUAGUGGGUCACUCUACCAUCCAACUGUUACUGUAUGUGGGUUGUGGUCUGUCACUACGGAAUUUUAAAGCUGAACAUGUCUUUCAAUCUGAAUUUAAAUAAAAUAAACCUUUAACUGAGCAUGA